CCUGCCUCAGCCCCUCUCCUCCGACUCUUCAUCCUGUCCUGAGAGAGAGCGACAGAGAGAGAGAGAGAGAAGCAGAGGAGGAAGAGAAUCUACUCCUCAGCCCCGGGAGGCAACUGUUAACAACUUUUUACGCACACUUCUCUUUAACCUGAUACUUUUCCAGUCGAUUUUACGCGGUGUCCCUCCGGCAGAUGGAACUUUUUCUGCGAGGAACCCUCAGUUUAUUAUGCAGCUUGCGGGAGCUGAAGUGAAGGUGCGCCUGAAGGAAAAUGCUCUGACAUCGUUCUCGUGUAGAUUUUUCUUGUCGCUUUGAUUAAAACACGUCUCACAGAGACUUGAAGUUUGAGAGUUGAAGUGUGCGCAGCGUCACUGGAAGCGUUUGGCCAUAAGGGACGUGAAACCAGCGCCAAGCUGCUGAACAGGAGAAGAGAAGAAGAAGAAGCUCUCCUCGCAGCGGUGGGUUCACGUUGAAGCACAUCGAGAAAAGUCACGACCAUUAGAAUCCGGAUUCAGUGAUGUACGUGUGAAGAGUUUUCCCUGAUCCGAAUUGGUUUGGUUCGGACGACGGGAGACUUUAAUGGAUUUUUUAUGUGGGACCCGCUAGGAUGGACGUGGUAGAUGAAUCAGAAGCGUUACAGAGGUUUUUUGAAGGUCAUGAUAUUACCAGUUCUCUGGAGCCAGCCAACAUCGACACCAGUAUCCUGGAAGAGUACAUCAGCAAGGAGGACGAUAGCACUGACAUCUGUUUCUCAGAGGUCCACAGCGCCCCGGGACCAAAUUACUCAUCUCCCCAGGCAGGAGUGUCCUCCUCUGGGGGGUUGGUGUGUGGUUUGAGCCCCCCUAUCCCACUACGCCAAGGAGGCCUUCCGCCUGGGCCCCCCAACUGUCAGAACACCUACCCCCCAGGUCCAUCCCUGGGCCUCCGACACAACUAUCCCUGCCUGGGACAGCAGCAGCAGCAGCAGCAGCAGCAUCAACAGCAACAGCAGCAGCAUCAACAGCAACAGCAGCAGCAGCAGCAACAGCAGCAGGCACACCUCAAGCCCGAGCACAGGGGCCUCUACGCUCCAGGGACACUACCCGAGUCCCCCCCAGACUCCAGCUCAGAGCCGUACUCUCCACAGCAGGUGAAUGAUCCUCACAUGAUCAGGACCAUGACACCAGAAAACAUGUGUCACAUGACCCCAACGCCACCAAUCCACUAUACGAGCAUUCAUCGGGACAUGUACCCCAAGCCCGAGUCCAUGAUAUCGCAGUAUCCCAUUGGCCCGGCCACGAGUGGAGGUGGAGACAUGCAGCAGACGCAGAUGCUCCAUCACUUGCUGCAGCAUCCUCAGGGGCAAGAUGGCAUCCCUGCUCACCAGGCCAAGAAGAGGAAGCACUCCGACUCUCCCAACAGCACCCUCAAUUCCCAAAUCCUCACAGGUAUCAUCAAGCAAGAACCAGGUUUAAUGCAGGAUGCAGACAACGGCUACAUGGACCCAAACUAUCAGUGCAUCAAGUGGCAACCUCACCUGCAGAACAAGUGGACACCGCUCUAUGACGCAAACUGCAAAGAGCUUCCGAUGCCAACCUAUCGCGUUGACGCAGACAAGGGUUUCAACUUCUCCCUGUCUGACGACGCCUUUGUUUGCCAGAAGAAGAACCACUUCCAGGUCACAGUGUACGUAGGCAUGCUGGGCGACCCCAAGUACAUCAAGACCAGUGAUGGCCUGCAGCCCAUCGACUGCUUCUAUCUCAAACUCAACGGGGUGAAGGUGGAGGCCAUAAAUCAGUCCAUCAGUGUGGAGCAGUCACAAUCUGACCGCAGCAAGAGACCGUUCAAGCCAGUGCUCAUCACCUUGCCAUCAGAGCAGGUCACAAAGGUCACAGUGGGGCGGCUCCACUUCAGUGAGACCACGGCCAAUAACAUGAGGAAGAAGGGCAAACCAAACCCUGACCAGAGGUAUUUCAUGCUGGUGGUGGCGCUGAACGCUCAGUCCCACAGUCAGACCUACACUGUGGCUGCUCAAGCGUCUGAGAGGAUCAUCGUCAGGGCCUCGAACCCAGGCCAGUUUGAAAGUGACAACGAGGUGCUGUGGCAGCGCGGACAACUAUCAGACUCCGUCUACCACCACGGGAGAGUCGGCAUCAACACCGACAGGCCCGAUGAGGCCCUCGUUAUCCACGGCAACCUGAAGGUCAUGGGCUCUGUGGUGCACCCGUCUGACAUCAGGGCCAAAGAGAAUGUCCAGGAGGUCGACACCACAGGCAAUUUGAAACGGAUCUCUCAGAUGAGGCUGGUCCAUUAUCAGUUCAAGCCCGAGUUUGCUGCCAGCGUGGGCAUAGAGACUACUGCAGAGACCGGAGUGAUCGCUCAAGACGUCCAGCAAAUCCUGCCUGAAGCCGUGAAGGAGGGGGGUGACAUAGUGUUCGCCAAUGGAGAAAGGAUCCCCAAACUGUUAGUUGUUAACAAGGAUCGCAUCUUCAUGGAGAACGUGGGGGCGGUGAAGGAGCUUUGUAAGCUGACGGACAACCUGGAGACGCGCAUAGACGAACUGGAGCGCUGGAGUCGCAAGCUGGCGAAGCUGCGUCGUCUCGACAGCAUGAAGAGCACCGUGAGUGGAGGCACUGUCAGCCAAUCAGGAAGCUAUUUUAGCCGGACAGGAAGUGGCCCGCUCAAGAAGAAGACGGUCCCACCUGGGAGCAAGAGCUCGCUUCCAGAUCAGGGCUGCAUCAGUCAGAAAUUCAUGCAGGGCACCAUCCUGGCCCUGGUCAUUGUCAUGGCCUUCAGUGUCAUUUCCAUGUCUGUUCUUUAUGUGCUGACUCUUCACCACAGAGGAGACGCCACAGAUGGGUCCAGGGCAGUACUGGGAUCUUCACGCAAGAGUGCAUCACUGUCCAGCACUCCUGCACCUGGUUGCUGUUCAACCCCAGUCACAAACAACCAAUCAACCACAGAUCUGACAUUGAGUAACAACCAAUCCACAACAGAUUUAGGCAGCCUGGCUCCCACACCAGGCAUUAUCAGCAAGAAGGCCAAGUCCAGAGCGAUGGACAAGGACGGCCACACUAGAAACCGCCUGAGUCACACCUCAGCACCUUUGUACUUCGCCAAGUCCAAAAGGCCGGCACCGACCGACCUGGGCAGCGCAGGGUCCACCAACCGUCUGCCCGGCGGUCAGCCAGUGCCACGUAGACAGCGCAGCCUACACACAAAGGAAGGAAGGUCAGCUCCCUCUCUGACCAGUCUACAUAUUGUGGAAACGAACCAAGAGAUCACGGCGCAGAGCUGUGCAACACCCAAGAGCUGCAGCUACACCAUAUCACUCCACGGAAAAAGAAAUUCCUCCACUUCACAAAUUACUUUGUACAUGACGUCCAUAAAGAACGUGUGGGUUCAACAAUGUGGAGCCACCAAGGGACGGUUAUGCCCCAACCACACAGAGGCAGAGCUCUACAGGGGUCAGCCUACAUCAACAAAGGGGACUCGUCACCUGUGGUCAGUGCCUGUGCUGUCCUUCCAGGACAUCACCUACCACUUCCGUGUCUCCCUGUCUAGUGAAGUGAGUUGUGCCACUGAAGGAGAAACCUCAUCGUACUCUGACUACCAUUUUAUCAUCCAGAGCAGCUGUGUGUGAGGAGGAGGAGGAGGACGAUUUGCUCCAAGUGCCUUUGAACACACCACGUUACUCCUUCCAUUUUAACACUGUUGUGGUGGGAAAGGGUUUUUGUAUCAUUCUUGUAUAUUGUUUUUAAAGAGAUUUAAUACAGAACAAACUAUAUACCACCGUCCCACUGUAAAGUCCUCCACAUAUAUUUGCAUUCAGACAUCUCUUUUUGCUGUGAUCACUGGAUUUUCAAAUACUGUUUCACUUUCUUUCUUUUUUUUUUAUCUCUGUCACUGAAAAUGUUUUAGAUCACUGUCAAUUGACAACUGAGUGGUGUCACUGUUCACUGCCAGUGUGAAAGUAACCCCCAUGAGUUUAGAGCUCAGUUCAUUACUGACCACUAUGUCUUCUAUAGUCAAUGUAAGCCAUAUUACUUUUUUAGGGGAUUUCACGUUUUUAAAUCUAAAGUCCAGGCUAAGACACUGUAGAUGACACUGCACACAAGUUUGUGUAUAGUUUUGUAAUAGUGUGUGUCUGUGCGGACACAGAACAACACAACAACAACACUGUUCAAUAAUUGUAUACACUGGAGAGAGGAUGAUUGGCUUUGGCUGAAGGCCCUCAGUGAAUGGUUGCAACUCACGAAGAAAAUAUACCUCAGUAGUGAACACUGGCAAACCCGGGGUCUCUACAGUGGAGCUUUGUGUUCGACUGCUUCAGCCACUAGACCGUCUACUGUCUCCUCACACAGUGUCAGACUAAACACUGCACGCAGAGAGGAAUAACUGUUGCAGCGUUUCUAUCUCAGCUGUGGCGUCAAAUCAAAUAUUAAAUUGCUGCAUAAAAUGUUGAUGCAGAGAAUUAAACCUAAAAAAGAAAUGAUCAUGACCGGUCCUUAAACGAAGGCGUCCUUUUCAACACAUUCACUGGAUAACAUGCGAUAAGACUGGAGAAGUAAACAAACCACUGGAAAUGAACAUGUAGAAACACUGACGGCUUCUCGUAUCUGAUAAUGGAUAAAGUCCAACACUGACAAUAUUUCAAGAAACACUGGAAUAGCUUAGAUUGUAUGUUGCUAACUGGAAAGAAUGCUGGUGAGGCAAUAAAUGGCUGAUAUCAUUUCAGGUGCACGCCCAAUCACUUCUCGAAGAUGUUACAUCUCAGCUCAGAGGCAACUCUGUGUAACUGCAUGUACUUAUGUACACUGCGAUGGUAAAAUUAGAUAUGAUACACUGGACUCUUUCAUGUUUUUCUGUGGAGGUUUUGAGUACUUUUACUUUUUUGUGGCUUUUCGAUUAAGAAUAUGCAUUCCUAACUUUUCAUACGAGUGAAUUAUAAAUUGUUUUCUUUCUGUUAUAAUUUCUUGUUUUAAACGCAUUCAACUCACCUACUACAACCACCAUCCAUUUGUUGCUUUUGUUUUCAAAUCCAUAUUCCAUAUGUAAAUGCAUUCAGAAGAAGUGUUUGUCCAAUGUAAAAUCAAUAUUAUAGGAAUAUAGGAUGAACAGUUAUCGGACAAAAGUUUGUUGAAGUUGUCGUAAUAUGAACACUGUAUAAUGUUUUUAGUAUAAUUAUUAUGACUUAAGUGGGUAUAGUGUACUAUUUCAGCUUAUUUAUAAUGCACCAGCUAGCAAAUUGAAACCACUGUAGCACUUUUUGCACUGUAUAUACGGUAUGAACUGCUUCUGCUCUCUCCAGUGCACCAGAUUGGUUUCACAUACUCUGGUAGAACUGCAUUGCAUGUAACUGUAUAGCUUCAUUUUGUUACUACCAAUGCUCAUUUUUAUGUGAUGUGUUUUAUGUAAUUGUUUUUAUAGUUCUUUUUUGGUUGUUGUUUCAUCAAUAAUAUAUUAACUUUUAGCUUUUUGAGCCCAGAAGUGAUUGAUAAGCAAGAGAAAACACACAUUUCAUUUCUAAUUUUAGCACUGUUUGUUAUGAAAGAAAUGCAAUGCCACUAAAACAUAUUUUAAUAUCACUACUUUUUCGCCCAUUUUAUCGCUACAUUUUCAAAGCAUUUUGUCCCAAAAAAAUAUGCUGUAAUACUAUGAUUGCAUGUAGUAAAUACAUUUGUGAUUGA